CAGUGGGGUCGAGCGAAGCGCACGCCAAAGAGAAUCCGUGUCUGGUGCGGGUGGAAGAGAGUCUGAUCUCCCCGGUUACAGAUCGCAGGGACCCUAGUGCGGAAGUCGGACACAUACCUCAGAAUGCCAGGUUUAAGUUGUAGAUUUUAUCAACACAAGUUUCCUGAGGUGGAAGAUGUAGUGAUGGUGAAUGUAAGGUCCAUUGCUGAAAUGGGGGCUUAUGUCAGCUUGCUGGAAUACAACAACAUCGAAGGCAUGAUUCUUCUUAGUGAGUUGUCCAGAAGGCGUAUCCGUUCUAUAAACAAACUUAUCCGAAUUGGAAGGAAUGAAUGUGUGGUUGUCAUUAGAGUGGACAAAGAAAAAGGCUAUAUUGAUUUGUCAAAAAGAAGAGUUUCUCCAGAGGAAGCAAUCAAAUGUGAAGACAAAUUCACCAAAUCCAAAACUGUUUACAGCAUUCUUCGUCAUGUUGCAGAGGUGUUAGAAUAUACCAAGGAUGAGCAGCUGGAGAGCCUGUUCCAGAGGACUGCCUGGGUCUUCGAUGACAAGUACAAGAGACCCGGAUAUGGUGCCUAUGAUGCAUUUAAGCAUGCAGUCUCAGACCCAUCUAUUUUGGAUAGUUUAGAUUUGAAUGAAGAUGAACGGGAAGUACUCAUUAGCAAUAUUAAUAGGCGUUUGACCCCACAAGCUGUCAAAAUUCGAGCAGAUAUUGAAGUGGCUUGUUAUGGUUAUGAAGGCAUUGAUGCUGUAAAAGAAGCCCUGAGAGCAGGUUUGAAUUGUUCCACAGAAACUAUGCCCAUCAAGAUUAAUCUAAUAGCUCCCCCUCGGUAUGUGAUGACUACAACAACCCUGGAGAGAACAGAAGGUCUCUCUGUCCUCAAUCAAGCUAUGGCUGUUAUCAAAGAAAAGAUUGAGGAAAAGAGAGGUGUCUUCAAUGUUCAGAUGGAGCCCAAAGUGGUUACAGAUACAGAUGAAACUGAACUUGCAAGGCAGCUGGAGAGGCUUGAGAGAGAAAAUGCAGAAGUGGAUGGAGAUGAUGAUGCUGAAGAAAUGGAAGCCAAAGCUGAAGAUUAACUUUGUGGAAAAGAGUCCAAUUUAAGGAACAUAAAGCAGCCCUUCCGGCUGUAUAAUCCUAGACUUGAAAGUUUUCCAGUAUUGAAAACUUCAAAGCAAAUAUUUUUUAUUUCCAAGUAUUUAAAUGUUCAACAGACCAUAACAUGAAAUGCCCUCCUAAUUGUCAGCUGUUUCACACAGUAGCUCCAACAGAUUGAGCAUUUUUUAAGGGAGUGGCCUAAUUUCACUGGAGACAAAUCUUUAAGGUAAAACAGUAAUAAAAUCUGGCCUGUGAUUUCCAUUUCUGAUGUCUGCAGACUGGCACCCGUUUGUAGUUCAGUGCCUCUGUGCCAUUUACCAGGGGCACCCACAGCAAACAAUCCCAAUCUUUCUAUAUAAAAUGUAUUCAAGCAAAAAUUAAAUAAAUUUCUGGGAUAUUUAACUAUAGGCUUCUUCCUUGUCGUCACCAGUUUAAAAGCAUCCUAAAUAUUAAACCCUAAUUAUCUUCAUUUUAGGCUACAGGUAGAAACAUAAGGGCAUAUGAAAGGAUCUAUUCAGCAGAUCCUUUCAAAAAGAGAGCUUAGAGAAAGUAAUUUUAAUUAUAGUAGCAGUGAAAGUUGACACUUAGGGGAAAAAAUUCUUAAUGCAAUUAAAGAAUUAUACUGUGUGCCUUUUACCUAUUUGAUGACGCAGAAUGAAGGAGAAUUUAUCACACUGGUUCUCAUCGGUAUACUUGCCUUGAUUUUGUAAGUCAGUGGUAGCCUAUGUGUAAAAAAAAAAAAAAAAAAAA